AUGACUCUAGAUUUUAGAGAUUUUGAUUCGGAUUCUUCUGAUGAUAGCAGUAAUGAUUUUAACGAAGAAUCUGACUUAGAACAAGAUCAAAUAUCCAUAAGUGCAGAAGGGGAAGAAGGAAAUACGCAGGACGAGACAAAUGUUAAUAAUGAUAAUGACGAGGAUGAUGACGAAGAUGAAGUUGUUAAAGCAAUCAAAGCUGAAAAAAAUCGGCCACGGGAUCAUCCCCCUAGUAUUAAUUGUGAAGAUUAUACAGUAGAUAUUUCCUUUCAUCCCACAAGAAACAUUAUAGCAUUAGCAAAUAUAGUAGGAGAUGUAUUACUAUAUGAAUAUAACAAUGAUGAGACAAAACUUCUGAAUACCUUAGAACUUCAUACUAAAGCUUGCAGAGAUGUGGAGUUUGAUGAUGAAGGAAUUAUUAUGUUUACUACGUCUAAAGAUAAAGCAAUUAUAGCAACUGAUAUUGAGACGGGAAAAUUAAAACGGUGCAUGGAAAAUGCCCAUGAUGAGCCAAUUUAUAGACUGUUAUCAUUAGAUCAAAAUAAAAUAGUCACAGGUGAUGAUAAUGGCACUGUAAAACUUUGGGACUUGAGGAAACAAGAUGCCAUAUUUUCAAUAAAGGUUGGUGAAGAAUAUGUAUCGGACAUGAUAACAAAUGAAGCUCAAAAAUAUUUAGUCUGCGCUGGGGGUGAUGGAAUGCUAACAUCAAUAGAUUUAAAAGGAAGCAAAAUAUAUACAACUUCUGAGCAGUAUGAUUCAGAAUUAGUAUGUAUGGGACUUUUUCGCUCAGACACAAAGUUAUUAGUUGGAUCAUCGGUUGGGAAAUUUUAUUUAUUCAAUUGGAAAGAAUUCGGUCUCCACAGUGAUGAAUAUGUUGGACAAAAACACUCUAUACAAUGCAUGAUUCCCAUUACGCAAAAUAUUGUGGUCUCGUCGGGCGAAGAUGGCGUACUUAGAGCAGCUCAUAUGUUUCCACAAAGGCAAUUAGGGGUUGUGGGUCAACACACUUUACCUGUAGAGGCUCUUGACAUAAGUCACGAUGGCCAGUACAUUGCCUCUUGUUCGCAUGCUAACGAUGUAAAGUUUUGGAACAUAUCAUAUUUUGAAUCUAUUGAUUCUCUAAUAGAUGUUAACCAUAAACAGAAUAAAAAGAAAGAUAUGGUAAAUAACUUACCUUCUUCUAGUUUUAAGAAUGCUUCGGAUUUUUUUUCUGGUUUAGCA